GGCCCGACACGGCUCAUAGAUUAUUCGUGCUCGUGCCAAACUGGCCCAUUUAUUUCGUGCCCGUGCUCUAACCGUGUCGUGCCGUGGUAGCCCGUGGGCGGCACGGCGGGGUGCCCACGUACAAGUAAGUGCUUCUCUUAGUCCUCAAACUUUACAGACUUCCUAUUACAGCCAUAUAUCUUUCUUUUUUGACUCAGAAUGAAGGUAGGAGAUAGAGGUGCUAACACUAAACGAGUUGGAUCCGGUCCUUAACCCUAUAACGUCAAUGAGAUUAUAGGAAAUAAUUAAUUUCAUUAUUAAUAGUUAAAAUCGAAAGUCACCAUCACAGGUUUCAGACGAUUUUUUGAAAUGCUAUUUUUUUCGAGUUUGGAGGCUACAGAUCACGGAUUCAUCCUGAGGCUAUUCUCCACCGAUAAUGAAGUCUAUUGAUCCUAUUCUCUACCAAUGAUUAAGUUCAUUAGGCAUAGAACUGGGCUGAUUUAUUUUGGGAUGACAUUUUCUUAAUUCUUUGGGCGAUUUUUUUUUCGAAAGGCCAUUUUCCAUGGAUUUUGAAGCCUAACAGAUCACGCGUUCGGCCUGAGGCUAUUCUUCAAUGGCGAGUAAGUCCAUUAAGGACGAAUUUGGGAGGAUUUCAUCCGGGUCCAUUUUUGGCAGAUUCCGAAGGGGUACCAUCACAGAUUUCAGACGAUUUUUUCGAAAUGCUAUUUUCUUUCUAUUUUGGAGGUUACAGAUCACAGAUUCAGCUCGAGGCUAUUCUCCACCAAUGAUUAAGUCCACUAGGCAUAGAAUUGGGAUGAUUUAUUUUGGGAUGGCACUUUCGUAAUUCUUUGGGCGAUUUUUUUUCGAAAGGCCAUUUUCCAUGGAUUUUGAAGGCUACAGAUCACGGAUUCGGCCUGAGUCUAUUUUUCAACGACGAGUAAGUCCAUUAAGCACGCAUUUGGACGAAUUUAUUCCGGGUCCAUUUUUGGCAAAUUCCAAAGGGGUACCAUCACAGAUUUCGGGAGAUUUUUCCGAAAUGCUAUUUUCUUUUUUGCGGAGGCUACAGAUCACGGGUUCAGCCCGAGGAUAUUCUCCAUCGAUAAUGAAGUCUAUUGAUCCUAUUCCCUACCAAUGAUUAAGUCCACUAGGCAUAGAAUUGGGCCGAUUUAUUUUGGGAUGACAUUUUUCGUAAUUCUUUGGGCAAUUUUUUUUUGUAAGGCCAUUUUCCAUGGAUUUUGAAGGCCACAGAUCAUAGAUUUGGCGUGAGACUAUUCUUCAACGACGAGUAAGUCCGUUAAGCACGAAUUUGGGAAGAUUUGUUCCGGGUAUAUUUUUGGUAGAUUCCAAAGGGGUACCAUCACAGAUUUCGGGUGAUUUUUCCGAAAUGCUAUUUUCUUUCGAUUUCGGAUUCUAUAGAUCACGGAUUCAUGCCGAGACUAUUCUCCACCAUCAAUGAAGCUAUUGAUCAUAUUCUCCACCAAUGAUUAAGUCCAUUAGGCAUUGAAUUGGACCGAUUUAUUUUGGGAUGACAUUUUUCGUAAUUCUUUGGGCAAUUUUCUGUCUAAAGGCCAUUUUCGAUGGAUUUUGAAGGCUAUAGAUCACAGAUUCGGCCUGAGACUAUUCUUCAAUGACGAGUUAGUCAAAGGGGUACCAUCACAGAUUUCGGGGAUUUUUCUCAAAUGCUAUUUUCUUUCGAUUUUGGAGGGUACAUACCACGAAUUCAGUCUCCACCAAUAAUGAAGCCUAUUGAUCCUAUUCUCCACCUGUCAUAACUGGGCAGCCCAUAAGUACGAUAUUGUCCGCUUUGGGCCAAGCCCGCACGGUUUUACUCUUGGGUGUCCUCCCCAAAAGGCCUCGUACUAAUGAGAUUGGUGGACACUAAUAUACAAGGGUUCCUUCCCUUGUAUAACCGAUGUGGUACUUGGAUUGUCUCAUAACAAUCCUCCCCUCAAGCCAAGGACCACGAACAUCGUGUCCUCACCUCAACGAUUAUCUUGAUCCGCCAGAUGCCUUGUAUCGAUGGACUUCUCGAUACAAGGACUUUACCAGACGCAGAACUCUCUUUGAUCUGCUUCCCAAAUGCAGAACUCUCUUUGAUCCGCCAAGCCCAAACGUGGAUCUCUCCUGGAUCCACCAAACCAGAUGCAGAUCUCAAACCCCGAGGUCACCGAGCGAGGGUCCACCGAACUGACGUCCACCGCCCCGGAUCUGCCGAACCAGGCUCUGAUACCACUUGUCGAAAUCGGGGCGCUCAAUUAGUACGAUAUUGUCCGCUUUGGGCCAAGCCCGCACGGUUUUACUCUUGGGUGUCCUCCCCAAAAGGCCUCGUACUAAUGAGAUUGGUGGACACUAAUAUACAAGGGUUCCUUCCCUUGAAUAACCGAUGUGGUACUUGGAUUGUCUCAUAACACCACCAAUAAUUAAGUGCACUAGCGAUAGAAUUGGGACGAUUUUAUUUUGGGAUGGCAUUUUCGUAAUUCUUUUGGCGAUUUUUUUUUGGAAAGGCCAUUUUCCAUGGAUUUUGAAGGCUACAAAUUUUGUAUUCGGCCUGAGGGUAUUAUUCAACGACGAGUAAGUCCAUUAAGCACGGAUUUGGGCAGAUGUCUUUCGUUUGCAUAUUGGGUAGAUUCCAAAGUGGUACCAUCACAAAUUUCAGGUGAUUUUUCCGAAAUACUAUUUUUUUCCAUUUUCGGAGGCCAAAGAUCACUGAUUCAGCCCGAGCCUAUUCUCCACUGAUAAUGAAGUCUAUUAAUCCUAUUCUCCACCAAUGAUUAAGUCUAUUAGGCAUAGAAUUGGACCGAUUUAUUUUGGGAUGACAUUUUCGUAAUUCUUUGGGUAUUUUUUUUCGUAAGGCCAUUUUCCAUGUAUUUUGAAGGCCACAGAUCACGGAUUCGCCCUGAGGCUAUUCUUCAACGACGAAUCAGUCCAUUAAGCAUGGAUUUGGGCAGAUUUCUUCCGAGUCCAAUUUUGGCAGAUUCCAAAGGGGUACCAUCACAUAUUUCAGGCAAUUUUUCCGAAAUGCUAUGUUCUUUCGAUUUUGGUGGCUACAAAAUACGGAUUCAGUCUGGGACUAUUCUUCACUGAUAAUGAAGUCUAUUGAUCCUAUUCUCCACCAAUGAUUAAGUCCAUUAGGCAUAGUAUUUGGCCGAUUUAUUUUGGGAUGGCAUUUUCGUAAUUCUUUAGUCGAUGUUUUUUUGAAAAGCUAUAUUCCAAGGAUUUUGAAUGCUACAGCUCACAGAUUCGGCCUGAGGCUAUUCUUCAACGACGAGUAAGUCCAUUAAGCACGGAUUCAACCAUAUUUUUUCCGGGUCCAUUUUUGGCAGAUUCCAAUGGGGUACCAUCACAGAUUUCGCGCGAUUUUCCCGAAAUGCUAUUUUCUUUCGAUUUUGGAGGCUAGAUCACAUAUUUAUCCCGAGGCUAUUCUCCACCUAUAAUGAAGUCUAUUGAUCAUAUUUUGCACAAUUGAUUAAGUCCAUUAGGCAUAGAAUUGGACAGAUUUAUUUUGGGAUGACAUUUUCGUAAUUCUUUGGGCGAUUUUUUUUCGAAAGGUAAUUUUUAAUGGAUUUUGGAGGCUAAGGAUCAAGGAUUCGACCUGAGGCAAUUCCUUAACGACGAGUAAGUCCAUUAAGCAUGAAUUUGGGAGGAUUUCUUUGGGAUCCAUUUUUGGCAUAUUCCAAAGGGGUACCAUCACAGAUUUCGGUCGAGUUUUCGAAAAUAUUAUUUUUCUUUCGAUAUUGGAGGCUACAGAUCACGGAUUCAGCCCGAAACUAUUCUCCACCGAUAAUGAAGUCUAUUGAUCCUAUUCUCCACCAAUGAUUAAGUCAAUUAAGCAUAGAAUUUGGCCGAUUUAUUUUGGGAUGAUAUUUUCGUAAUUCUUUAGUAGAUGUUUUUUUUCGAAAGGCCAUUUUCCAUGGAAUUUGAAUGCUACAGGUCACAGAUUCGGCCUGGGGCUAUUCUUCAACGACGAGUAAGUCCAUUAAGCACGAAUUCAGGCAGAUUUCUUCUGGGUCCAUUUUUUGCAGAUUCCAAAGGGGUACCAUCACAUAUUUCAGGCGAUUUUUCCGAAUUGCCAUUUUCUAUCUAUUCUAGAGGCUGCAGAUCACGGAAUCAGGCCGAGCCUAUUCUCCACCGAUAAUGAAGUCUAUUUGAUCCUAUUCUCCACGGAUGAUAAGUCUAAUAAGCACCGAUUUGGGCCAAUUUAUAUUCGGAUGGCAUUUUCGUAAUUUUUUGGGCGCGACGAAAGGCCUUUUUUUGGAUUUCUAAGACUACAGAUCACGGAUUCGGCCUGAGGGUACUCUUCAGCGAUGAUUAAGUCCAUUAAGCGCCGAUUUUGAAAAAUCGUCUGAAAUCUGUGAUGGUACCAAUUUGGAAUCUGUCAUAAAUUGACCCGGAAUAAAUCUGCCCAAAACGGUGCUUGAUGGACUUAAUCAUCGUUGAAGAAUACGCUCAUGCCGAAUCCGUGAUCUGUAGCCUUCAAAAUCCAAAGGAAAUAGCCUUUCAGUGCCCAAAAAAUUACGAAAAUGUCAUCUGACAAAAAAUUGGCCCAAAUCGGUGCUUAAUGUACUUAUCAUCCGUGGAAAAUAGGAUUAAUAGACUUCAUUAUCGGUGGAGAAUAGCCUCGGCCUGUUCCGUGAUCUGCAGCCUCCAAAAUCGAAAAAAUGGCAUUUCGGAAAAAUUGCCGAAAUCUGUGAUGUACCCCUCUGGAAUCUGCCAAAAAUGGACCCGGAAUAAAUCUGCCCAAAUCGGUGCUUAAUGGACUAAAUAAUCGUUGAAGAACAGCCUCAGGCCGAAUCUGUGAUCUGAAGCCUUCAAAAUCAAAAGAAAAUGGCAUUUCGUCGCGCAAAAAAUUACAAAAAUGUCAUCCGAAAUUAAAUUGGCCCAAAUCGGUGCUUAAUGGACUUAUCAUUCGUGGAGAAUAGGAUCAAUAGACUUCAUUAUCGGCGGAGAAUAGCCUCGGCCUGUUCCGUGAUCUGCAGCCUCCAAAAUCGAAAGAAAAUGGCAUUUCGGAAAAAUUGCCCGAAAUAUGUGAUGGUACCCCCUUUGGAAUCUGCCAAAAAUUGAUCCUGAAUAAAUCUGCCUAAAUCGGUGCUUAAUGGACUAAAUAAUCGUUGAAGAAUGACCUCAGGCCGAAUCUGUGAUCUAAAGCCUUCAAAAUCCAAAGAAAAUGGCAUUUCGUCGCCCAAAAAAUUACAAAAAUGUCAUCCGAAAAUAAAUUGGCCCAAAACGGUGCUAAUGGACUUAUCAUCCGUGGGGAAUAGGAUCAAUAGACUUCAUUAUCGGUGGACAAUAGCUUCGGCCUGAUUCCGUGAUCUACAGCCUCCAGAAUCGAAAGAAAAUGGCAUUUCGGAUAAUCGUUUGAAAUCUAUGAUGGUACCCAUUUGGAAUCUGCAAAAAAUUGGCCCUGAGUAAAUCCGCCCAAAUUGGUGCUUAAUGGACUUGUCAUCGUUGAAGAAUAGCCUCAGGCCGAAUCUAUGAUCUUUAGCCUUCAAAAUCUUAAGAAAAUGGCUUUUCGUCGCCAAAAAAUUACGAAAAUGCCAUCCGAAAUCUUUUUGGCCCAAAUCUAUUUUUAAUGGACUUAUCAUCCGUGGAGAAUAGGAUCAAUAUACUUCAUUAUUGGUGGAGAAUAGCCUCGGCAUGAUUGCGUGAUCUGCAGCCUCCAGAAUCGAAAGAAAAUGCCAUUUUUGAAAAAUUGUCUGAAAUCUGUGAUGGUACCCCUUUGCAAUCUGUCAUAAAUUGAUCCGGAAAAAAUAUGCCCAAAACAGUGCUUGAUAGACUUAAUCAUAGUUGAAGAAUACGCUCAUGCCUAAUCUGUGAUAUGUAGCCUUCAAAAUCCAAAGGAAAUGGCCUUUCAGUGCCCAAAAAAUUAUGAAAAUAUCAUCUGACUAUAAAUUGGCCCAAAUCGGUGCUUAAUGGACUUAUCAUCCAUGGAGAAUAGGAUUAAUAGACUUCAUUAUCGGUGGAGAAUAGCCUCGGCCUGUUACGUGAUCUGCAUCCUCCAAAAUCGGAAAAAAUGGCAUUUCGGAAAAAUUGCCUUAAAUCUGUAAUGGUACCCCUUUGGAAUUUGCCAAAAGUUGACCCAAAAUAAAACCACCCAAAUCGGUGCUUAAUCGACUUAAUCAUCAUUGAAGACUAGCCUCAGGCCGAAUCCGUGAUAUGUAGCCUUCAAAAUCCAAAGAAAAUGGCCUUUCGUCGCACAAAAAAUUACGAAAAUGUCAUCCGAAAAUAAAUUGGCCCAAAUCGGUGCUUAAUGGACUUAUCAACCGUGAAGAAUAGAAUCAAUAGAAUUCAUUAUCAAUGGAGAAUAGCCUCGGCCUGAUUCCGUGAUCUGAAACCUCCUGAAUUGAAAGAAAAUGGCAUUUUGGAAAAAUCGCCCGAAAUUUGUGAUGGUACCCCUUUGGAAUCAGCCAAAAAUUGACCCGGAAUAAAUCUGCACAAAUCGGUGUUUAAUGGACUAAAUAAUCAUUGAAAAAAGCCGCAGGCCGAAUCCGUGAUCUGAAGCCUUCAAAAUCGAAAGAAAAUGGCCUUUUGUCCCCCAAAAAAUUACUAAAAUGCCAUCCGUAAAUAAAUUUGCCCAAAUCGGUGCUUAUUAGACUUAUCAUCCGUGGAGAAUAGGAUUAAUAGACUUCAUUAUCGGUUGAGAAAAGGCUUGACCUGAUUCCAUGAUCUGCAGCCUCCAGAAUCGAAAGAAAAUGGCAUUUCGGAAAAAUCUCCGAAAUCUGUGAUGGUACCCAUUUGGAAUCAGGCAAAAAUGGACCCGGAAUAAAUUCGCCCAAAUCGGUGCUUAAUGAAACUAAUCAUUGUUGAAGAAUAGCCUCAGCCCGAAUCCGUGAUCUGUAGCCUUCAAAAUCCAAAGAAAAUGGCCUUUUGUCGCCCAAAUAAUUACGAAAAUGCAAUCCGAUAAUAAAUUGGCACAAAUUGG